CCCUGAACACACAAGAUGCUGUUUUCCAAUCAACUGGACAAAUGACUGUCUCACAGGGAGGACUCUACUGGUGCAGAGGAGGGAGAGGAAACCCAGUUGACUACACAGAGUACAGUGAUUCAAUCAGGAUCAACACAAUUGUCUCAAAUAAGGCUGUUGUGACUCUGCGACCCAACUGGACUGAGAUAUACAGAGGAGAGGCGAUGAUGCUGAGAUGUGAUAUCCACGACAGAGACACAGAGUGGGAGUAUGAAUGGGAAACACUCCAUUACACAUCUCUAAAUCAAAAUGAAUACAAGAUUAGCAAGGCUUCCUCAUACGACAGUGGAAACUACAGGUGUAAAGGCAAAAUGAAAAAUGCACGACAUAUUUCAACAGAGUGGAGUGAUUACAUUAAAUUGACAGUAUCUGACAAUGCACCAGAGUCUGUCCUCACUGUGUCUCCAUCAUGGCUGAGUCCUGGAGACUCAGUAACUCUGAGCUGUGAGGUUGAACAUCCAUCUGCAGGAUGGAGGUUCUACUGGUAUAAGACUGUUCCCAAACCAUCAGACAAGUCCUACAGCUAUGAGCUGCUACCUGGUAGCACCAAUGGGACUGAACAGGAUUCCUACAUCAUUCAUGGGUCGACACACACAGCAGGAUAUAUGUGUAGAGCUGGAAGAGGAGACCCAGUGUUUUACACUCAUUACAGCAAACCUGAGUUUGUUUGGUCUGGAGAUGUUCAUUCAGCAGUGACUCUCAAAGUGAGUCCUGACAGAGUGCAGCACUUCACCUCUGACUCUGUCUCACUGAGCUGUGAAGGAAACUCUACUGAGUGGAGAGUGAGGAGGUUUCCUGAGGAGCACUACUGGUCAUACUGUUCUAACUGGAGGUCAAUGACUGGAUCCACAUGCAACAUCGACAGUUCACAGCAGAGUAAUGCAGUGUACUGGUGUGAGUCUGGAUCAGGAGAGUUCAGCGAUGCAGUCAACAUCACUAUACAGAAUGCAGAUAUUAUCCUGGUGAGCCCUGUGCAUCCUGUGACUGAGGGAGAUUCUGUUACUCUUGGCUGCAAACUGAAGACAGGAGAAUUACUUUCCAAUGUGUUUUUCUAUCAAAAUUACAAACUUAUCCAAAAUGAUACCAGAGGGGAGCUGAAUAUCUCUGCAGUGUCAAAGUCAGACGAAGGCUUCUACAAGUGUAAAUACUCAGGAAAAGAAUCAGUACAGAGUUGGAUGUCAGUUAAGGCAGUGUCCAGGCCUGAAAGCUCUUCAUCUCUUAUACCAUUAAUUGUUGGGCUGGUUUGUGGAAUUAUUCUUAUUAUUCUCCUGCUCCUGUUGUAUCGCUACAGACGAUCCAAAGAUUCACACUUUAUCAGGCCGAUCCAGUCUGAGAGCACCAAUCAGAAUGAAAACUCCUCUUCUCUCUAUGAUGCAGGAGAAUCCCAGGAUAUUACAUAUUCUUCGAUCGAGCUUAAAAACAUUGCUAAGGCAGGGAAGCGUCAUGAAACAGUGGAGAGCUCUGUUUACGCUGAUGUGAAGAUAGGAUCUGCUGCAGAUGAUAAUCUAACGUAUACCCAGGUUAACUAUCACAAUAAAGGCAAAGCCAAGAAACACAAAGGAAAAUCAACUCCUGCAGCAACUGAUGAAGCUGUUUAUUCUGAAGUUAAACCAGGAACAUCUCUUGGUCAGUAAAGACAGCUGUACGGACAAGGCCAAAUAAAUAUGGUUAACAGCAUUUUAUAUGACUAUUGUGUGCAACUCUGCUAUCCAAAUAUCAGUCAUGAUAAAUGUUUUGUACAGUUAAUGUAAUAGCAGAUGAUAUAAAAUACUUACAUCAUGUGGAUUUAAUACUCUCUUUUUUAGAAGAAAGCACAAGACUACUGAGAUUUAUUCCCAUUUAGUAUUGAUGCACUGUAGUAUUAUUAUUUUUAUUUUUACAGUUAUUUUGUCACUUAAUUUUAAAAACUUUGAUUGCAGGCUGUUUUA